ACGGCUGCGCUACACGGUAUGAUGCAAUGCUUCAGUCAAGGAAGCCUUGUGUGCACGUUGAGGUGACCAGGCUGCGGUGGUGCGGAAUCGAUGUCCUCGGAGGUGAUCAGGGCGACUGCAGGGAUGGUACUCGCAGAGCUGUAUGUCUCUGACCGAGAAGGAAACGACGCAACAGGAGAUGGAACCAAGGAGAAGCCAUUUAAAACCGGCCUAAAGGCUUUGAUGACAGUUGGAAAAGAGCCGUUUCCCACCAUUUAUGUGGAUUCACAAAAGGAAAAUGAGAGGUGGGAUGUCAUUUCUAAGUCACAGAUGAAGAACAUUAAAAAGAUGUGGCAUAGGGAACAGAUGAAGAAUGACUCUCGGGAGAAGAAAGAGGCAGAAGAUAACUUACGGAGAGAAAAGAACCUGGAGGAAGCAAAGAAAAUUAUCAUUAAAAAUGACCCAAGCCUGCCAGAGCCGGCCUGUGUAAAGAUUUGUGCAUUAGAAAAAUAUAGAGGCCAAAGAGUGAAGGUGUUCGGCUGGGUCCACAGGUUGCGUAGGCAAGGAAAGAAUUUGAUGUUUCUGGUGUUGCGAGAUGGUACGGGCUAUCUGCAAUGUGUCUUGUCAGAUGACUUGUGCCAGUGUUACAAUGGAGUAGUCUUGUCCACUGAGAGCAGCGUGGCAGUAUACGGAACACUAAACCUGACUCCAAAGGGCAAGCAGGCUCCAGGAGGCCACGAGCUGAGCUGUGACUUCUGGGAACUGGUGGGGCUGGCCCCAGCUGGAGGGGCUGAUAACUUGAUCAACGAGGAGUCCGAUGUGGAUGUCCAGCUCAACAACCGGCACAUGAUGAUCCGCGGAGAGAACAUGUCCAAAAUCUUGAAGGCGCGGUGCAUGAUCACCAGGUGCUUUAGGGACCACUUCUUCGACAGGGGCUACUGUGAAGUCACCACCCCGACGCUGGUGCAGACGCAGGUGGAAGGCGGGGCCACGCUCUUCAAGCUUGACUAUUUUGGGGAGGAAGCGUUUUUGACUCAGUCUUCGCAGCUGUACCUAGAGACCUGCCUUCCGGCCCUGGGGGAUGUUUUCUGCAUCGCCCAGUCCUACAGGGCCGAACAGUCCAGAACACGAAGGCAUCUGGCUGAAUUCACGCAUGUGGAAGCCGAGUGCCCCUUCCUGAGCUUUGAGGACCUCCUGAAUCGUUUGGAGGACCUAGUGUGCGAUGUGGUGGACAGAGUCUUGAAGUCACCGGUGGCGAGCAUAGUGUAUGACCUCAACCCGAACUUUAAACCUCCCAAACGGCCUUUCAGACGAAUGAACUAUUCAGAUGCUAUUGAGUGGCUGAGGGAACACGAUGUAAAGAAAGAAGACGGGACGCUCUAUGAGUUUGGAGACGAUAUUCCUGAAGCUCCUGAGAGACUGAUGACAGACACCAUUAAUGAACCGAUCCUGCUGUGUCGAUUUCCAGUGGAGAUCAAGUCCUUCUACAUGCAGCGAUGUCCUGAGGAUCCCCGGCUCACUGAAUCUGUUGAUGUGUUGAUGCCCAAUGUUGGUGAGAUUGUGGGCGGCUCGAUGCGCUCUUGGGAUCAUGAAGAAAUUCUGGAAGGCUAUAAAAGGGAAGGAAUUGACCCCGCUCCUUAUUACUGGUAUACAGAUCAGAGAAAAUAUGGUACAUGUCCUCAUGGAGGCUAUGGCUUGGGCCUGGAAAGAUUCCUAAGUUGGAUUCUGAACAGAUAUCACAUCCGAGAUGUGUGCUUAUACCCUCGAUUCGUCCAACGCUGCAGGCCAUAACCGAGGGCCCUGAAGCAUGAAGGAAGGGAAAACGUUCAAGAAAAGAUAAGACUGCUUCUGCAAAAGAACAAAACUCUGAAGCCACCCCUUGAUUUCCAGUUGGGCUAGUAGCUUUUUCUGUCUCUAUGUGUUUUCUUCCCAUUACCAUAAAAAGAAGUAGAUGUGACUUGAAUACAAGGUGACAUUGAUGUCCCUUUAAUAAAAAUACUCAUUACAAAAUUUUCAAAAAGUACGUGGCAUAUCACUCUUUAGUUGGGAAAACAUUUUAUUGUACUGUAGGUUACAAUCACUGUAUUAAAUAAACCAUAUAUGAUUGUAUAGUUUUAAAUAUAGUCUGAUAUUCCAUCAGCUUUAUAUUUUUGUCCUUUUAAAUGUCACAGGAAUUAUUUAAUGUAUUAUAUACAUGUUAUAGCAAACAUCUAAAAGAGAAAUUGGCCAUAUGAUAUAAAAAUCUAAUACUAAUUAUAGUGCAACAGUGUAGCUAUUGGGAUCGAAUACUGUAGUCUUUUACAUUCGCUAUUAAUCUUUUCUAAAUUCACACAGUGCUUCUGAUUCUGAGGGGCAUGAAUUGGUAGGAAAAAUUUAUGAAGGGGGAUUGAGUUAAAAUUUACAAUGAACAUGAUUUGGAUGAUGGGUUAUUUAAAUGAUUCCAAGUAACUCCUCAGCCUUCAAUCUGAGAGCAGGGUGAGGCUCGGCUUCCCUGUUCUGUUGUAAUUCCGAGUGAUGAAAGGUAAAUAUGGUCCCAAAGGAUUUGCACCUGGAACCUUAGCCACCAUUAGGCAGCUAAGUCACCCACCCAGUCUCGGGUACCAUCUGCGCUGCCCGACAGGAUCCUAGUUGGUUUACUGCAUGGCCCCAGUGCAGUUGAUUCGUUUCUCCCCCAGAUGCAUGCCAUGUGUUCUGAUGGGCUGUAUUCCCACCAAUCAAUAAAUAAACGCUUGUCAGACCCUUCUCUGGCUUGUUUUCUCAAA